UAUUAUUUAGUACCAUAUUAUUUGUUUAUAUUUUUAUAUAUUAAAGUUUAUAUUAAAUAUGCGACCGAGACGAAGGUUUAUAACAUUUGUUUUAAUCGUCCGCCGCAUUUAAAUUUUUAAAAUGCACAAGAGAAGGAUUCGAAGUUACAGAUGUUUUGUUUUCAUAAGAAAAAAUAUUAAAUUGUUUGGAGCAAAAGUGUCGUUGGCACGGCAGUUUUUAUUCGUUUCAAAAGUAGUGGGUAAACAGCUGUAAAACAAAAAUUUGAUACACUUUACAAUACUCUGGGUUUAAAAAUUAAUUUUGAAAAUUUUAAAGGAAUAUUCUUUUAUAUCAAAAUUAUAAUACAACAGUAAUAUUCGUAUACCAGGCCCUUCUGUUGUAAUUAGAACCCAAGUUACUGUACCUUUUGGACUACGCCAUGUCCGAACACAUUUUCUAAAAUAUUUUAAUUGGUGCUGUAGAUAUUUAUUUUUGAUAGAAUUUUUUUAUAUUAUUAAUUUGAAUAGGAACAUUAGAAAAUUGUUUAAUUUGUGAUAAUUUAGAAAUGAUAUAUAUAUAGAUAAUUGUUGUAAAUGGUUUAACUGUAUAAAUAUAUUUAUAAUAUUACAAAAGUAUAAACUGUACGUUGUUAUAGAUGAAAGGAUUAUAAAUGUUACAUUUGUUAACGCAGGAGAAACGUAGUUAUUAGAUUUGUUAGGGGAAUUGUCGAAGACGAAAUUGCAAUUCUUUUCUUUCUAAGAUAAAUCAUUUUUUCCGCCACAAACGAGUUUUAAUUAAAUUAGAAAUUGCUAAAGAUUAUAACGGCGGACAGAAAUAAAUCUGUAACGAUUGAUUUUGUUAGUUAAAUCUAAGGAAAACCAUAAGUUGCAUUGUACUGUACUUGGGUACCACCACAUAUCAUAAUUUGGAUACAAAUUGGAAAUAAUCAGUAUUUGUCUGGUCGCGGGUGUCUUCUGUAUCUGUCCACAAAUAUUAUAGUAAUAAAUGCAAUUCUUGCCCACAAAAUCACAAGUACACGUUUGUAAUUAGCGGAGCUGGAAUGUAGGGCGGCCAGCGGGUUCCCGUACGCCCGGUCGCGGACCCGACGGAAAAUAUCACCAACCAGUGGUGCUUAUGUCGAGUUUACGUCGCUAAAAUGUCCACCACUCAUACGCCGCACCCAUACCCAACGGGUCAUGCGUCGUUAACCUGGCAGAGUUCUAUAAUUGCGAAGGUACUGUACUGUACAGUACGUAUCGUUCGUUACCUAAGAUGUCGAUAAGGUUUUUGUUUAUUCGAUUAGAGUUUUAAUUAUAAAAUUUGCCCUAAACGAGGGCAACGUUUAUGCCGAACGCCCUUACAAUCGGCCAAUAUAGACGGGCGUUGGGAUUUAAAUUCGGGCACGGGUUAGGCCGAACGUUUUAAAGUAGUAAUUCGGGACCGUUACCGUGAGAAGUAUACAGAAUCUGGUAAUCGACGAAGGUGGAAAGACCAUUGCAACUUGGCAGUGGUCUGUAAUUUGACCAAUCGGCACGUCUCCGCGGCCCGAGAUAGAUCCCAAUUUCGAAUUUUAUCCCUAUCGGAAAUUUGGUGGAAAUUCCUCUAUCGUUUACUCCGGGUUUAGUUUUCAAAUUUUUCGUUUAAAACAUCAAUCCGUACCGCUUUUGUGGUACGAAUUGAUCUUUUAAAACGAUGGAUGUCCGUUAUGGUGACUUGCCUGCGCGUUGCGCAUACGUGUGCGUAUUUAACUUUAUUUCGUCGGGCAUCGUCUACGUUAGAAUUGUUAUUGGCUAUUCCGCCGGAAGGACGAAAUGGUGAAAGAAGAAAAAUAUGGCCGGAGAGAAUUUCCUACGGACCAAGCGGAGAAUACGUCCGGAACCGCCGAAACUCCGUGCGUAGAUUACGGAAUGGGGAAAUUUCCCGGCACUUUUAUGAGCCAACGACAGCGUUUUUACGGAGGGAUCGCCGUUCACUGCCUGAUAAUCCUUUACCUGUCGUCCACUGCCGCUCUGGUUUCCGAAUACUUGUGUGUCCCUUCCCUACAAUUGGCCAUUCGCUAUAUGGGGAUACCCCCGGACGUGGGUGGGGCAAUAGCGAUGCCACUGGCCACUUCUUCGGCGGAACUGGUGUCCUGUAUCGUAGGAUCGUUCGUGGUCGAUAAUAACGUGGGAAUCUGGACGGUGAUCGGAACUUCCGCUUUCAAUCUGCUGGGUUUUACUUCUCUCAACUUGCUUUUCUCCCUGAAAAAAACCAUAAGUGUGGACGGUUAUCGAAUCACGCGAGAUUGCUUACUGAAUAUAUUGACGUUGUCGCUGGUGGUGUGGAUAUUAUAUGACGGGAUCGUUCGUUGGUGGGAAGCUGUGGUGUUGACCGUAUGUCUACUUUUUUACAUCCUCCUGUUAAUUUUCGAUAGAAAAUUAGAAAUUAUCGUUAAAAAUCAGAUUGGUAAUCCUCGCUUGUCCGUAAACGGAGAGGCGACCACCAACGAAGUGGAUCACGUAAAAAUAGAAAUUUUCAUAAGAAAUUUCGGACGUUCCACUCUGGCCACCGAUUAUCCGGUUUUAUUCCAAGAGCAGAGUAUAUUCGUCUCCUCUACACGAUUUUUUAAGAUAAAUUCUCUGGGUUUUAAUGCGCAUUCUUUGUCUCUAGUUAGAGAUUCGCUAGAACAACAAAUGUGGAAGCUUAAGAACGAAGACAAGGGACGGUUGUUUAGCGGGUGGCGAAUAAUUAUGUAUCCUGCCAUCUACUGUAUAAGCAUCAUAGCAUCGGGAUGUACCAAGUACAAACACUAUAAAUUGUUUACGUCCAGUUACAUUUUGUCUUUAAUUAUACUCGGAGGCAUUUCUUACGUUUCUCUCUGGAUGGUGACCGUAAUCGGUUAUACCUAUAAAAUACCCAUAGCCGUGGUGGGCGUGGUCCUAUUUGCCGUAGGGUCGUCCAUUCCUCAAAUUGCCUUCGGCGCUUUCGGAAUUAGAAAAAUUUCGGGGGAGAGGAUUCUAUCCAGUCCGUUGGAAAACAACCUGUUCGGUAUCCUCCUGUGCCUGGGAGUCCCUUGGUCUGUCAAGUGUCUGUGGGUGGAGGCCGAAGGAAAAAUAACGGUGGACAAUUACGCCAUUUUCUUGUCGUUGGUUCUUCUCUUGGCCGUCGUUUCGGCGCUGUUAAUAAUCGUCUGUGUGUUCAGGUGGAAGAUAAGGAGGAAGCUGGCAUUGGUCUUUUUGCUAAUUUACGCAGUAUUUAUUGCAACCACCGUUCUUUUACAGACCGACGUAAUAGGCCACUUUCGACCUCCUCCGUGCAAACGGUAGGCCGUGGAAUAUAUA